AUGCCAUUAGAGUGGGAGAACGUAGAGGGGGAGGAGACGGGGUUGGGAGUGAGUCCGUUUUGGGCGGCGGAGGUGGAAGAGUUGCCGAGGGGCGUGGGUGUCGAGUGGCUUGCUGGAGCUGGGGUUGUGGGGGAGAACGUGAAGGUGCGGUCGGUGGCUUCGGGGGGUGGGAGCGGGGUGCAUGAGUGUGUGGUUGGGGGGGAGGUGGUGAUUACGACGGUGUUUGUGGGGUAUGAGGAUGCGAAGGGUAAGGAGUCGGUGAGGGCAUUGCUGGGAGGGGUGUCUGGGAAGGAGGGUUUGACGGGAGCGGAGAUGGUGUAUCUUGAUGCUGGGAUUGAGGGGUUGUGGGGGGAGGUGGGGGGGAAUGUGGUUCCAUGCCGCAGUCUUUGGGAUAAGGAAGGCACGAGGUUGGGAGCGGUUGUGGUGUUUAAGUCGGAGGUGUUAUAAGUGGCAGGUGCCAUGGGGCGUAGCUGCCAUAUCUGAGUCGCAUCUACCAUAAGUUGGAAAUGGAAUAAGUGGCAGGAGCCAUAAGUCGUUCCUACCGUGUGUCACUAGUCGGUCUUUCCAUAUGUCGUAAGUCGUGCUUGCCAUAUACUAUAAGUCAAAGCUUCCUAAGUCGUGAUUACCAUAAAACAGCCUCCUCAGAUCGUGCUUGCCUUGAGUAGCUGCCACGAGUCGUACCUGCCAUAUGUCUCAGGUCGUACCUGCCUCAAGUCGUAGUUGCGCAGUUAGUCAAAUGAAACCCGCACUUCAAAUCUACGGAUUUACACAGCAGAUGAGGUUUCUCGUCGCAAGUAUCUUCCCAUCACCAUCAUCGCCUCCUCCUCGACCCCCAGGCUCCGUAGAUCCAACUCCACAUGACG